GUGGGAGCUGGCUGGAUGACACUCCCCAGAGCUCAGAAGCCUGGCAGGUCUGCAAGCUCGCCUUGGGCUGCUCACAAGGUGACUCCAGAAAGAGCCAGGCUGGUUAAACCCCCACCCUCAGCAAAGUGGGCUUGCAGCAGAGGAGUAACAAUUGACUGGGAUGAAAUACUUCUGCCCGUAGAUGUAAAGCCUCCUCCAUCCAGACAGUUUGGAGCAUCCUUGAGAGAGCUGCAUGCCUGCCAUGGAUGGGUGUGAGUGGCAGGAGGUGGCCUCGGCAUCUUGUGCAGAAGGCUACUAUCCAGUAAGGAAAGGAGAGGUGUUCAAUGGGAGAUACCUGGUAGCGCAGAAUCUAGGGUGUGGCUACUUCUCAACAGUCUGGCUUUGCCAAGACUUGGGGAAGAAGAAGUGUGUGGCUGUGAAAGUGCCCAAGGGAGGGGAGGAUUUUGCUGAGGCUGCCCUGGAUGAAGUCAUGCUCCUUCGCUGUGUGAACAGCAAGAGGAGGAAAGACCGAGCCAGUGAUCAUGUCAUCUGCUUCUUCGAUGAUUUCAAAAUGAUUGGAGAGAAUGGCUUCCAUGUGUGCUUAGUGUUUGAGCUGCUAGGGCCUUCACUGCAGUCUCUGCUAAAAAGCCAAGGAGUCCAGGGCCUCCCGUUGCCCUUUGUGAAGAAAACUACACAGCAGGUACUCCAAGGCUUGCAUUUCUUGCACAAGGAAUGUCGCAUCAUCCACACAGAUAUCAAACCGGAGAACAUCCUGCUGCAUGUCACAGAAGAAAGUCUGCAGACGCUUCUGCACAGCAUGGUUUCCUUGGAACACGGCGCAGGAGCCAAGCCAAAGAGGCCAGAGGAUGACAUGGCUGCUUUCUUGGAUUGCUGCAAUCUCAUGAAAAUGGGAGUGAAAAUCGCAGACCUGGGAAGUGCAUGCUGGACUUACAAGCCUUUCUCCAAGAAGAUCCAGACCCAGCCCUACAGAGCCCUGGAGGUCCUUCUUGGAUUAGAUUACAGCACCCCAGCUGAUAUCUGGAGCGCAGCGUGCUUGGCUUUUGAACUGGCAACUGGAGAACAUCUCUUUGAUCCCCAGGCUGGACAGCAUUUUUCCAGAGAUGAUGAUCACGUGGCUCGGAUCAUUGAACUCCUGGGCAGAAUUCCCCCCAAAAUUGCUUUGCUCUGGAAGCAGGCAUCAACAUUUUUCAACAGACCAAGUGCUCUCCUGAGGAUGUCCUGGAUCUCCCCCUACAGCCUGUGCCAUAUCCUCACUGAUAAAUACAGCUGGCCAAAGCAACAGGCAGCUCCAUUUACCGGUUUUCUUCUGCCAAUGCUGGAAUAUGCCCCAGAAAGAAGGGCAGCAGCUGAGAAAUGUCUUCAGCAUCCCUGGCUCAAUACCUAGUACAAGCUUGGUUUGACCCUGCUGCUCUCUGCCAAUGCCAGCUGUGGUUUAGAAGAACAACAUACUCAAAAUGGAAUCUCAGGUCACAUCUACACCAUACAUUUAAAGUACUUGGCUUCCCCCAAAGAACCCUGGGAAUUGUAGUUUCUUAAGGAUGCUGAGGGGUAAACUACAGGUCCCAGGAUUCUUUGGGGAAGCCAUGUGCUUUAAAUGUAUGGUGUGGAUGUGACCCUAGGGCCAAACUAGGCAUGAUGUUACGCAUGCAUUAAAUUAAUGCGCAUGUUUUUUAUGUAAGCAAGCAGUGGUGUAAUAGACAAGGAGGAGUGUAGCUCUGGGAAUUUCCUCCAAGCAGGAGCAAUUUCCUUAUCUGCAGGAGGGUCGGAAUAACUGACAGACUCUCCUCGCUCUGGCAAGUGAAUGAGGCAAUAGUGAGACUUUCGGGGUUUACUAUUGGUUGUGACAUAUUAGCACAGGGGAUGUCAGAAGAUGAGGCCAGCUUAUAUAAUGGAUUAACACAACUCCCUGCUUUUUUCCCCUUUACUGUCCUUGGGGGUGUGGCUAUAGGGGCUGUCACGAUGAGCUCCUGAACUUCAAAAGUUACCACUACAGCACUGGCCUCGAGGAAGCCUAAGCAGCCCUGGGACAAAGCUGGGAUAUAGAUGGAGAGUUUAACUUUUUCACUCCUUGCCAGGUCCAACCAAAACUGCCGCCCUGGACUCCUCCUGUGAGGAAGGGUGGGAUGUAAAUCUCAUAAAUAAAAUAAUAAAUAAAUAAACAAAACUCCUCUCUGAAGCUGCUAUUUCCCUUAAAGUGCAAGCAGAUGCUUCAGAAGGGCAAAUUUUGUUGGGAGAGGUGGGGGAGAAAGAGAGUUUCACUUCCCCUCCCCAUCCCACCCUUGUGGGUCCCAGAGCUGCUUAUUUGACGAAACACAUGCACAUGAAUUGCAUUAAUGAAAUUAACAUCCAGUCUAGUCUGGCCCUUACUCCCUGAAGGAUGAGGCCUUAGCAGCCUGCCUCAUAAGAACCAGGAUAGUGUUUUGAUUCUGCCGAGAUCUCCUCUUACCCACCUCUGCAAAACAGUUCUAUGGGGUUUCUUUCCACUAACCGCCACUUGGGGCCAAUGUAUCAGUUUAAAAAUGAGCACAGCCAUCCUUUGCCAUGGGGUGAGCCUGGCUCCCUUCUGCCUUCACAACUGAGUUGACAGAUGCGUAUGCCAGAAUAUUGGAAGCUGGCUUUGUCCCCUUCCCGCCCCAGUGCAAUUCAGGCAAGCAGUUCACCUUAACCUUUUUAUUUUUAAAGUGUCGCAGGAACGUGUUUGCAUUUAUGCAUCCAUGGCAUUUCUUGCCACACUGUUAGAAGUGCAAAAUUAUUCUGAGAUAAGGCUUCUGUUCUGAGUGACAUCAUGGGCAGGCCCAUCAAUCAGCACUGCACACAGAUCAGGGGCCUCCUGCUUCAAACUUGCAGAAUCAUUUUUUUUUUUUGCACAGCUCCACCUUGGAGGGGAAUGGAAGACAGUAAGGAACACAUCCUAGGAUGGCUGCUUAUGCAUCGCCCAAAAAGAGCACACAGAUUUGCAUUCAGUUUGCAUUUGCUAAUGUAUAGGUAUAGAUGCAAAUUUAAAAAUAAUUACUGUAAUUUAAAUAGAACUGCAACACAUCUCACCAAUAGUGGAAAGGACUGGGACCAGGUCACCUGUGUACCUGCUCAGCCUGUCAUCCAGGUGCCAACUGUUGAUGGGCAACUUCAGGGCCCCUGCUGCUCUCCUUUCCUGUGGUUCUUUAAACCACAUUUGGACUGCACAGACCUUCGAUUAGAAGACUCCUUCAAACAGAGGAUUGUCCUCUGCAAAGCAGGACACACCGCCACCUUAGUGCGUCGAGAGUGAUCCUGCUGCUCUAAAAAUGUUGUCUGUGUUUACCCACAGCCCUUCUGGCUUUUGCAGGUUUUUAAGCAGAAAUUCUGACAGUCUUGCACAUUUCAUAUCUCAUCCCAUGCCCUGACCUGAUUAGUGCUCCGAUUCCACCCUUCGUAAUGUGAAAGUUAGUAUCUUGUAAAACAGGUACUAACCUUACCAUGAUGUCCUUUCAGCUUAUCUGGACAUAUAUUUCAGCCCAGCCAUUUCCCCAUGUUACAUUCAUAUCUGGUUUUCCCUCCCACCUCCUUCCUCUUAAGAUUUUUGUGAGCAUGUUCACCUAUUCCUCAAAACCCCCACCCCAACAGACACCUUUGUUUGUUUCUGACUCUCACGGAAUCUGAACUUCCUGAUCUCAUGGAGAUGUCUUAAGGUGCCCUAAGACACCUUUGAUUUUGACACACCGCAUCAGCAAAACUAUUUUGUCUGUGUCUGUAGGGCCCAUGUAUAACUGGAGUUUCCUUUAAAGUGAAAUAAAAAAAUACUGCAACCACAAAGAAUGGCCCACUAAUUCAAAGAAAAUGGAACUGUGUGUGUUUGUACAGGAAACAAACCAAGAACAGAAUGUGAACAUAGCAAAGAAUAUGACGGGUAACGCAAAAUAAACAAAUGAA